UCCAAACAAAAACCAUAAGAACUAGCUACCAAAGCAAAUCCAAACAAAGAAGAAGAAGAAGAAGAAGAAGAAGAAGAAGAAGAACUUAGUCUAUAGUCAAAUACUCAUCAUCGAUGUCGAAGAUGCAAAAGAACCACUCCACCAAGCAUCUCCUUCUUGUGGCCUUCUUCGUGCUUUGCUUCAUCUCUCCAUGUGCUCAAGCAGGAAGGAGGUUGAAAGAAGUGGUUAGCAAUGAGAAGCAUGAAGUAGUAGCGGUAGAGGCGAAGGAGCAUAACAACAAGUUGGAUAAUUUGGAGGUUCCGUCCAAGGAAACCCAUUUGCCGGACGCCGACGAACUCACCGGAAUGGACUAUGCGGCGGCGAGUAAGAAGCCUCCUACUCACAACUGAUCUUGGCCGCCGACCGGAGGAACCAAAUUUUUUUUUAUCAGCAUGUAGCGAAUUGAUUAAGAUCUUUUAAGGUGAGAGUAGAGGUAUUUAUGUAGCUAUAGAUUGGAUACAUGGGAUGGGAUGGGGAAUAUAAGGGCGUUAAAUAGGAAUCCAGUAUAAAUAUACACAAAUUGGGUAACUAUUUAUCUAGUUAGUGUAGGUAGAUUUUGGAAAUGAGGAUUAAUGGGAAGGAUUAGUUACUCUUUUUUUGUUUCUUCUUCUACCCAUAUGUAAACAGUAAAUAUAUGGCUGAGGAACAUGCCCAUUACAUGAAAUGAAAAGGGUUUUGGAAUUCAAUGCAUGUUUAAGAUGCUUGUGUUGAUUCCUUGAAACAUAUGCCUAUGUGUACCUAAUAUAUUAGAUAGGAUACU